AUAAUUAUGUAAAUUAUUAGCUUAGUCAACGUAUAUAUUGUUUCCUAGUUUAUAGGAUAUGUUUUAGUUAGUUUCCUUGAUAUUUGCCUAGGAUUAUGCCUAGAUGAUACUGUGUAUAUUUGUAUAAAUAUUAAUGAGCGAUGAAGGAAACGACUCACGGAAAACAUUCUUUUAUGGUAUCAGCAGUCUAGGGCGAUCACUCUUCCGCUGCACCCUAGCUUUCCGCCAUUACUCUUCUUCUCUUCUUCUUCUUCUCUGCUAUGGGGGAAUCAAAAUCCUCUUUCCACCCUGCUCUUACUGUCAACAAUAUCAAGCACAACAUCCCUGUUGUUCUCGAAUUGACGGACGCACAGUACUCUACUUGGGCUGAAUUGUUUAAAAUUCAUGCUCGAUCUCACAAGGUGUUAGACCAUAUUAUCCCUCCGCCUAAGGAGAAGGCGAAGGUCCCUGUCACUGACGAGGAAAAGGAGACAUGGUCUGUUCUGGACGCUGCUGUCCUCUCGUGGAUUUAUUCCACCAUCUCCAACGACCUAUUGCUCACCAUCAUGGAACCAGACGCCACGGCAAUGGAGGCAUGGGAUAGGUUGCGUGAUUUAUUUCAGGAUAAUCAGAAUUCUCGUGCUUUGACCCUUGAACAGGAAUUUUCGACCACCAAAAUGGAGGAUUUUCCAAACGUCUCUGCUUACUGUCAGCAUCUCAAGAGUCUCUCCGAUCGAUUGCGCGGUGUUGCUGCUCCAGUGGACAAUAAUAGAUUGGUUCUUCAAUUGGUUUCGGGUCUUACCGAGGCUUACAAGGGAGUUGCGACCCUUAUUCGCCAGAGCAAUCCUCUUCCUCUGUUUUCUCAAGCACGGUCGAUGCUUACGCUGGAGGAGGCCGGUCUCGCAAAGCAAGCCGCAACAGGGGCUGCGUCAGCCAUGGUCAUUCAGUCCCGGGAUAAUUCUGACGAUGGUCAUGAUAAUGCUGGGGGUUCUCGUGGCCGCAAUAAGCAGAAAAAUUCAGGCAACCGCAAGCAUUCCGGUGGAAAAGGCGGCGGUGGCAAGGGUGGCAACUCCGGUGGCAAAGGUGGCGGCCGAGGGAACUCCGGUCACCAGCAGCAACAGUGGUAG